AUGGCGACUCAUCAGGACAACGCGGAUGCAGCAUCCAUUGGUGAGAAGCAAGACGGCAAGAUGUUCGAGACCUCCCUCGACCACUUCCCAAGCCAUGCCAACGGGACUGUUGCAACUAUCGACGGUAUCGAUCCUACAACUCUUCAUGACGACGAAGUGAUCACCCAGGCUAUUCAAGCCAUUGGCUUCGGCAAGUUCCAAUGGCAGCUAACCUUCUCCUGUGGUUUCGGCUUCCUAGUCGACCAGAUGGUUCUUGUCUCGAUCAGCCUCGUUACACCUCAAGCAGCCAUGGAAUUUGGCCCUCGAUAUGCAACUCUUCUAUCUGCGUCUUCAUACGCUGGCUUACUCAUUGGCGCUUUGUUUCUUGGUACACUAGCCGAUAACUUUGGCCGGCGAUUAGUCUGGCAGGCUUCUAUCUUUGGGUGCUCUAUCAUGACGGCCAUUGCUGCUUCUUCUCCGAAUUGGGCUGCUCUGAAUGUGUUCAUUGCUUUGAUUGGUCUAUUUGCUGGUGGAAACCUGGCCAUCGACUUGACACUUCUGGCGGAAGCAAUCCCCCAAGAAUGGUCCUUCAUCCUUUCAAGUCUCGCAGGAAUCUGGGGCUUCGGAAAUGCUGUCACGGGCCUGAUUGCCUGGCCUCUUCUCGUCAACUUUGGGUGUCCCAGCGGCUCAACCCCCGAUACCUGCAGUCGCAGCGAUAACAUGGGCUGGCGAUACCUUUACAUCACUCUUGGUGGACUAUGCCUCGUUAUGUCGCUUAUCCGCGCUUUCGUCCUACGAUCCCUCGAGUCUCCAAGGUGGCUCGUCUCUUGUGGAAAGAUGGAAGAGGCUGCGGAAGUUAUCAAUCAUAUCAGCAGGAUGAACAAGUCUGAUUAUCAUGUCACUGGUGACAGCUUCCUGCAGCCUGAGCAGGCGAAGGCUGAUGGUGAGGUUCGGUCAUGGCGUGCGAAUAUUGUUCGGGCGUCAAGGCUAUUCUCUGGAGCUAAGCAGAUACGGUUGAUGAUUGGUCUCAUCAUGAUCUGGGCACUUAUCGGCAUCGCGUACCCUCUCUACACCAUCUUCCUCCCCUACUACCUCGCAGCCCACGGCGCCAACUUCGGCGAAACCAGCAACUACAUCACCUACCGCGACUGGACCGUCUCCUCCAUCGUCGGCAUCUUCGGCCCCGUCCUCAGUACCAUCCUCGUAUCAUCCCGCUUCUUCAAGUCCAAGCGCUCAAUGCUCCUCACCGGUAUAAUCUGCGCCGCAUUCUCCGGAGCCUUCACCUCAGCUCGAACGGCAGCGGAAAACCUCGCAUUCUCUUGCAUGAUCAACUUUUCGCUCAACGCUCUGUAUGCUAUUGUUUACUCGUACACGCCGCAGGUCCUUCAGGUGCAGAAUCGUGGGAUGGGAAUGGGGUUGCUAAUGGCGGUGGGGAGGACGGCGUCACUUAGUGCGCCGUUCAUUGCGACUUUUGCUGAUGUUACGACCUCGGCGCCGAUUUGGGUUGCGUGUGCUUGCUUCUUGGCCAUUGGUCUUAUUGCGAUGGGUCUUCCAGCUGAUACGAGACACUAUGUGUCGAAGAAGGUUCAGCAGUCCAGUGUCUGA